AUGGGUCAAAAUCCUUCUCCUAGCACCCAUAAGGUCCAACCAAAAGCAAAGAAGACUCCUAACAAGGCUACCAAUACUUGGACAAGGCCUAAUCACCAACGUACAACACAUGCUACUGGAUCCAAAGUAAAAUUAAGCAGGGGCAUCAAUAUUGGAAAACCGAUUAGUGUGGCUUCUUCGGGGACCCGGCACAAUGUUCAUCAUCAGCAGCAAGCAUGGACUGUGAGGGGUGCGUCUAACAAGAUGGCUCGUGUGCAUUGCAAAAAUUUGUUGGGUUUUCAUUGUGUUGGUAUUGAGGAAGUAGUAGGACACAGGGGUGGCAUUUGGUUUCUAUCUUCUAUUGCUAAUACUUCUUGUGUGGUUAUUGAUCAAAUUGACCAAUGUAUCACAGUGAAAGUGAGUGUGGGCCAUAAUGGACCAUGGAUAGCUGUUGGUGAUUUUAAUGAGAUUGUAGCACCAGAUGAGAGUACAUGUGCUUAUUUUUCUUCUCACAGAGCUAGUCUAUUAGCUACUACUCUAAAUGAUUGUGAGCUCUUUGAUCUUAAAGUGACUAGUAGGAGAUAUACUUGGUAUAGAGCAGUUCAGGCUGGCAGGGACUUGGCUAAAAGAUUGGAUAGAGCUCUAGUUAAUGAGGCGUGGAUGACAAUGUUUCCUGAGGGUUAUUCUGAAAUUCUUAGCAGGCUUCAUUCUGAUCAUUGUCCUAUUUUAGUUCGUUGUCAUGAUAGCCCCAGAGUGAAAAGUUCUCGUUCUUUUAGAGAGCAGUGGGUCAAGUUUGGGGAUAGAAACACUAAAUUCUUUCAUCUUCAGACUUUGGUGCGUAGAAACCAUAAUAGAGUACAUGGAUUAUAUGUUAGAGAUGGGUCUUGGUCUACUGAUCCAGAUAUUCUCCAGGAAGAAGCCCUCUCUUUUUACAAGAAUCUCUUUGGUACAACGGAAGAGGUUGAGGUUGAUUGUUUAGGGGAUGUUCCGUUGCCCACUCUAAGCACUGAGGCUUGUGCUAAGUUAAUUGACCAUGUCUCUUUUGCGGAAGUCAAGUCAGCAGUAUUCAGUAUGAGCCCUUUUAAGGGUCCUGGUCUAGAUGGCUUUCAAGCUUAUUUUUUUAAAGAAUAUUGGGAGAUAGUAGGCACUGAGAUUUGGAAUAUUGUCCGGAGUGCUUUUUUGGGAGAGUUCUUAAAUCCUAGCAUCAUGGAAACUCUGAUUGUGCUUAUUCCUAAAAUUGAUAACCCUAUCUUUAUGAAGGAUUUCAGGCCUAUUAGCUUGUGUAAUGUUGUUUAUAAAAUUAUCACCAAAGUAUUGACUAACCGACUUCGGCCUUUUCUUCCAGAUAUUGUUAGUCCUUUACAAGGAGGUUUUAUUCCGGGUCGUGGUGCUCCUGAUAAUAUUAUUGUGGCCCAAGAAAUUCUGAAUUUCAUGAAGCACACAAAAUCCAAGAAAGGUACUCUUGCUUUUAAAAUUGAUCUUAAAAAAGCUUAUGAUAAGGUGGAUUGGAGGUUUUUGGAGAGUACUCUCAUUGCUUUUGGUUUUCCUAUCAUCAUUGUUAAUUUGAUUAUGAAUUGUGUCCGUGCAUCAUCUCUUUCUAUUAUAUGGAAUGGGAAUAGAUUGGAUAGUUUUGCUCCUAGAAGGGGGCUUAGACAGGGCGAUCCAAUGUCUCCUUACUUAUUUGUGCUUUGUAUGGAAAGACUUGCUUGCUAUAUAUCUCAAAAGGUGGUCGAGGGUGUGUGGAAACCAGUUUCUGUCACUAGGGGUGGCCCAAAAUUUUCUCAUUUGAUGUUUGCAGAUGAUCUCUUACUCUUUUGUCAGGCUACAAAGAGUCAGGUUCAAAUGGUCAUGCAUUCUCUUAACAUUUUUUACAAGGCAUCUGGCAUGAAAGUGAAUUUUGAAAAGUCUAAAGUUUUUUGUUCUAAAAAUGUGACUGCUCAUAGAAGAGAUAUUUUUAAUAGUGUUUCUUCAAUACAUUUUGCUUUGGACUUAGGAAGAUAUCUUGGAGUUAACCUUAAUCAUUCCCGUACCAGUAGGGCUUCUUUUCAUUCGGUGAUUGAAAAGGUGAGGGGAAGAUUAGCUAAUUGGAAAGGAAGGCUUCUAAAUAAAGCAGGGAGACUUUGCCUGAUCAAUUCUGUUGCAGCAUCCAUUCCUGUCUAUCAUAUGCAGUUCCUUUGGAAGGGUCAAGUUGAUGGUAGAGGUCUUUCUCUUGUUAAUUGGAGAACCAUGAUCACUCCAAAGAAAUUUGGUGGCCUGGGUGUUAGAGAUCCUGCAUGUGACAAGCCUUGGGUUGUUCUAUUGAGGGUGAAGUAUCUGAGGAAUGAGGGAGUUUUAGAUGACCAUGUCCCUCGCAAUGCUUCUCAUGUUUGGAAGAGUAUCUCAAAGGCUUUUGGUGCUCUUAAGGAUGCCUUCUCUUGGUGCGUUGGGUCACUUGAUCAAUCCUUUUGGUUUGACAAUUGGAGUAUUGAGGGCCCAAUUGCUCAAGAUGUUCCUUUUGUACAUAUAUCUGACUCUGAUUUAACUAUUAGAGACGUUUGGAAAGAUGGUCAAUGGAAUCUCCAUGAUAUUUUCUCUAUCAUUCCAGAAGAUGUCAAACAGCGUUUGAAUGAUUAUAAUCCGGAUUUGAAUGCUGGAGAGAGUUCGGGUUGGUCGUGGGGUGUGGCAUCUUCUAGACACUACUCAGCUAGGAGUGGGUACAGUUGGCUAGCCAAAAGAAAGUUUGACUGGAAUGAGCAUGAUAAUUGGUUGUGGAUAUGGCGACUGCAUAUUCCUGAGAAGUACAAGUUCUUGAUUUGGCUCAAUCUUCAUAAUGCUAUUCCUAUGGCAGAGUUUCAUUUGGGUCGUGGUUUAGCUUUAUCUAGCACAUGUCAUCGAUGUCAGAAUGAUUCUGAAUCGAUUUUUCAUUGUCUUCGGGAGUGCCCUAGUGCCAAGGAGGUCUGGAACCUUUUAGGCCUGUAUUCAGAUAACUCGAAUUUACCUGAUUGGCUCUACAGAUGUGCAAAGAGUCGAGAUAUUUUUCUUUUCUUUUCGACCAUCUGGAGGAUUUGGAGAAGCAGGAAUCAGGACUUAUUUAGUAUAGAUGAUUCAUGGAGUGCUAGUAAAGUGGUGAGUUUGAUUCGUAGUUCAGUAAGGGAGUUUCACACUAUUUUUUCUAUGCAUCAAUCUUUGUCUCCUCCUUCACUUUGUUUGCAUUGGGUUCCACCUCCAGUUCAUUCUGUUAAAUUGAAUUGUGAUGCUAGUUGGUUUGCUCCUUUUGGCUAUGCUGGUUUUGGUUGUAUCAUUUGCAAUCCUGAUGGAUGUUGGUUGAAAGGUUGCACUGAAAAAGUCGAAGUGUGCAGUGUUCUUUUUGCUGAAUUGUAUGCAAUUUGGAGAAGUUUACUUCUUGCUUGGGAGAGUGGAUUUCGUGAGGUUAUUUGUGAAACAGACUGUUUAGAAGCUCUUUUCUUGGUAAACCAAAGAGUGCUUCGUAAGGAUAUUCCGGAAUGGGAUUUGGCAAAGCAUAUACAGGAGGUUAUGAAUUGGAAUUGGAGAGUCUCUAUUCUUUUAAUCAGAGGACUGCAAAUAGUGUUGCAAAUUGUAUGGCUAAAGCAGCUACUUUUGGCACAGACAUUCACUCGAAUUGGAGCCAACCAUAGAGUGAGCUUCAACAUCUAA